AUGUUGCCUCCAUUCCCACAAAUGCCCCCAGUCCCGCUUCCCAACGGCUACGGCAACAUGCAUAUAUUGAACCCACUUCGUCAACCCACAGUAUCAACCCCGAAAACGUAUGAAUUCACCAAAUUUAACUUACUCCCCGCUGAGAUACGCCUAAAGAUCUGGAAAUACGCGCUGCACAACGAUGCCCGGCACCGCAUUGUCCUAAUGGACAAGCAACGAGUCGUGCCGUACGCGUACCUAUGCAGCCCUCUCCUAGAGGCGUGCUACGAGGGCCGAGAGGUAGCGAAGGAAUUCUACAACAUCCGGGUCCCGGUGUACCACGUUGCAGAAAAGGGGUCGGAGUCCCGACUGAAUAGCUACUUGCCGCGUGGUUACGGACCACCCUUGUUCCCCCCGCGUGGGCGUGCUACCGAGCAAGAGCAAGUACGGCAACGUCUAGAUCGACACUUUUCCAACAUGGCACACGAGCACACUCGGGUGUACGAAGCCUUUUCCACGUCGAAGGGCUUCGUCUACGUCAAUCUGGAGCACGACACCUUCAUGCUUGGUGAGUUUCUCAAUGACCAGAUGUUGGAAUACUGGUGGGAGCAGGGAAUUGCGUCUGGUGAAAUAACAUCGCCGCCGAGAGGUGCAAAGAAAAUCAGUAGGUACAUCUCGAGCGCCAUGGAUUUUGAUGACUGCGCCAGGAUUCGAAAGAUCAUCCGAGUCACGUACAAUUCUCGAGGCAAGCAGGCUGUGUAUUGCCCUCUGGGCGACGCCGACUUAUAUUGGCAUAAGCACAUAUUCCAGGGAUUCGAGACUUACAAGACGUUCGCUUGUCCCGACCCCUUGGCUCUACUCCAAUUCACCCCGAAGAUCGUCGAGUUCCAACAAAAGACCGAUAAAGUCGUGCUUUACGAGCGAACCGCAGAGUGGUGCUGUAGGAGACGGACACAUGACUUCGACGAUGCUAUUAUUGAAAUGAUUUCUCCAAUGACCGGUGACUACAUCUCGCUAAUGAAUAAAGGCUCAGCUAUUGACUUUUAUUGUUUUGCGCCGGCAAAGAUGCUUGACCGAGGAGACCAGGACUUGAAAUUUCACGAACGCAGCAAGCCCUUCGGACGAGAUGGCUGCAGGAUAAUGAAAAAUCGCCCUUCCUAUUCUCAUUAUACCUCAGGCUACAUGGAAGCCUCCGAUUCCGAUGAUGGGCUGACGUCCGGACUUGGUGGGGGAUGGCACUAG